AAUCAUGCGAACUGCCUCACAUUGCCUGUGUUUGCUGUGAGCUGCCACUCCCGCUCACCCCAUAACCACAGCUCCAUGUGAACCUUCAUGCAUUCCCCACAAAUCCCACCGCUUUUCAUCCAAUCCCAUACCUGCCCACAUAAGUCCCAGUCAUGAAGGCGAUUCUUUUCCUCUCUGUGUUUGUUACUGUGAUGGGAGUUACAGGUCUUUGAGGGACAGUAUCGCUUUAAACAGGCGGGACUCUCUCGGUGAGCUGGCACCGACCAAUCGGUGUGGUGGCGGCCGGCCUGUUUAAAACCAGGUCGGCACCAAUGUUCUCAAAUCGUGUCGGCGCAGCCAUCCCGAGCAGCGGGCACCGGCUCAGCGGGAAGCAGCGGGCACCGGCCAUGGCAGAGAACGGGCUCCUUGACAACGGGGAGGCAGAAAGAGCGAGAGAAAGUCCGGCUCGCUUACCGGCAGCAACCAAGCCGCUGGCGGUGAAAUACACCAAGAUCUUCAUCAACAAUGAAUGGCACGAAUCUGUGGGCAGAAAAAAGUUUGCUAUCUUCAACCCAGCAUCUGGGGAGAGGAUCUGUGAUGUGGAAGAAGGUGAUAAGCCUGAUGUGGACAAAGCAGUGGAAGCAGCAAGAGAAGCUUUCCAGCCAGGAUCCCCAUGGAGAAAUCUGGAUACAUCAGCCAGAGGACAGCUUUUAUAUAAAUGGGCUGACCUCAUUGAGCGAGACCGACACAUUCUGGCUACUCUGGAGACCAUGGACACAGGAAAACCCUUUCUGCAAUCAUUUGCCGUUGAUUUAGAGGGCUGCGUAAGGACACUGCGGUACUAUGCUGGAUGGGCAGAUAAAAUCCACGGGCAAAGCAUUCCAGUGGAUGGAGAUUUUGUGACGUUUACAAGACAUGAACCAAUUGGUGUCUGUGGACAGAUUAUUCCAUGGAAUUUCCCCCUGCUGAUGUUCAUUUGGAAAGUGGCUCCAGCAGUUUGCUGUGGAAACACUGUAGUGAUUAAACCAGCUGAACAGACUCCCCUCACAGCACUUUACAUGGGAGCCUUGAUCAAGGAGGUUCCUUUCCCCCCAGGUGUGGUGAAUAUUGUCCCAGGAUAUGGACCCACUGCUGGGGCAGCUAUCGCCUGCCACAAGGACAUUGAUAAAAUUGCAUUCACUGGUUCAACUGAGGUUGGAAAGUCAAUAACUGAAGCUGCCUCUAAAAGUAACCUGAAGAGAGUCACCCUAGAGCUUGGUGGGAAGAAUCCUUGCAUUGUCUUUGCUGACUCUGACCUGUCCCAGGCAGUUGACUAUGCCUUGCAGGGAGCCUUCUUUAACCAAGGCCAGUGCUGCACUGCUGCUGCUCGCAUUUUUGUUGAGGAACCAAUUUACGAAGAGUUCAUACGCCGCAGUGUGGAACGGGUCAAGAAGCAAGUAGUGGGUAAUCCUUUUGAUCCGCAAACCGAUCAAGGACCUCAGAUUGACCAAGUUCACUUUGACAAAAUCAUGGAACUAAUAGAGAGUGGGAAGAAAGAAGGCGCCAAGCUGGACACUGGUGGCUGUGCCAUUGGAGAUGUAGGUCAUUACAUUCAGCCGACAGUGUUCUCAGAAGUGACUGACAACAUGCGUAUUGCAAAGGAGGAGAUUUUUGGACCAGUGCAAGUGAUAAUGAAGUUUAAAAAUACUGAGGAGGUCAUUAGAAGAGCCAACAACAGUGAAUUUGGACUGACAGCAGGAGUGUUCACCAGGAACAUCAACAAAGCAUUGACUGUGGCCUCUGGCCUUCAGUCUGGAACAGUAUGGAUUAAUUGCUACAAUGCACUUCAUGCUCAGGCACCUUUUGGAGGUUUCAAAAUGUCUGGAAAUGGAAGAGAACUAGGUGAAUAUGGACUGAGGGAAUACACAGAAGUGAAAACUGUCACCAUCAAAAUCACACAGAAAGACCAUUAAAAUGAUGAAAAAGACCAAGUGACAUGGUAGAAGAAGCAGUCUGGAGAAGAGCUGAAUCAUAAGGACAUGGACAUUGACAAAAUUGAAUUUUCUAACUAGACAAAGCUCUUAAAUUCUUAAGAAAUAAUUUCUGACUUUGCACAAAUUAAAUAUUUUGUAUUUGUUAUAACUUAGAAUUUGUAGAUUCAAUCUAAUAAAAAGUAUACUGUCAUUGUGACUGCAGGAACCUCCCUUUAUAUCCACAUGCAGGUGCAGGUGAAAGGUUAUACUAGCAUGGUUAGUAAACUCAACAACAUUUACUGGAUAACUUUACAGAUUCACAGUCUCAGCAAAGACUUUCACUCAGUAGGAGAGUAUUGUCUGGACACAAACUCCCUAACCAUGAACAGUAAUUCGAUAGGUGGAUAAUCAACAGUCAUCAUUUUAAUGCGAAAAACAUCUCAAAACGCUUCACAAAUGGAAAAUAUGAAAUCAGUUAUUGAUAGUUAUAACGGGGAGGCAAUGGACUUGUGGUAUUAUCCUAGACUACUGACCCUGAGACCCGAGACUUGGGUUCGAGUUCCACCAUGGCAGAUGACAGGAUUUGAAUUCAAUUAAUGUGCAGCACAGUGGCUCAGUGGUUAGCACAGCUGCCUCACAGAGCCAAGGAUCCAGGUUCAAUUCCACUCUUGAGCAACUGUCUGUAUGGAGUUUGCCGAUUCUCCCCAUGUCUGUGUGGGUUUCCUCUGGAUGGGUCCAGCUUCCUCCCACAGUCCAAAGAGUGCAGGUCAGGUGGGUUGGCUAUGCUAAAUUGCCCAUAGCAUCCAGGGUUGUGCAAUCUAGAUGGAUUAAACAUGAAAAAUGCAGGGAUAGGGUAGGGGAUGAAGCUGGGUGGGAUGCUCUUUGGAGGAUCGGUGUGGACUCGAUGGUCUGAAUGGCCUGCUUCCACGCUAUAGAAAUUCUAUAAAAAUCUGGGACUAAGUGUCUAACGAUAAUAAUAACUGAUGUCAAUUGUCAUGGAAAGCCCAUCUGGUCCUUUAGGGAAGAAAACUGCCAUCCUUAUCUGUUCUGACCUCCGUGUGACUCCAGAUUCACAGCAAUAUUUCUGGCUCUCAGCUGCUCUCUGGGCAACUGGGUAUGGACAAUGAAUGCUGAGCUAGCCAGUCAUGCCUGCAUCCUGUGAAUUAAAAACGAAAAAAAAAUCCAAAUUCAUCUUGGGAAUGUUCAAUGAAAAUGCUGCAUUCUAUAAAAUUUUCAUUUGUAUAUAAACCUUAAAUUUAGGCACAUUCACCUCUAACCUCCCACAUCUGUCAAUUUUGGAGAUUUACUCAUUAAUGACGCUAUAAUUUGGAUUCAGAGUCAGUGUGGAAGUCUCGAGUUGGGAACUGUGAACAUCCAUUCCCUUCAAUUACUGAAAAUACUUUUUGAAUCAACACAAUUUUAUCAAGUAAAUGUCAUGCAUGUCUGUAAGGGUUUAGCUGAUGAUUUUACGCCUUUUGAUGAAUUACUGGAAGUCCAUUAUAAUGUAACAUUUUGUUAUAAAUUAUUGUUUGGAUUAAGAGAACCGUCUCUGUAUUUUGAACAUUAAACUAAUUUUCCAUUGUAACAUUUAUACGGUGUGGGGAGCUCUCAGUGUACCUGGAAAGAAUAUUAGAGAUCAGAGAAGAGAAGUCAGUCUGUUAGCAUUCUUUCUUCCAGGCUGAAUGCAGAAUCUAUCAUCGGCAAUUCAGCAGCUGUUCAAAGGGUCUGUUUCAUGAAGUUGUUGCCAAUUUAAUUCUUUAAUUUAAUCUAAACAAAUGUAUUUUUAAUGUGCUCCAGCAUGCAUUGUACUUCAGUUCUUUCAUUAAAAGCCCAUUUGCUGUCCACAUGGA